AUGAAGACAUUCACUCACACUGCCCUGGGUUUGGCGGCAUUCGUGUCUGCGUCGCCCCUUUCUUCCUCACAGAAUCUCCUCGUUCCCGCUUCUCCGACGAAAGACGCGAAGAGUCCUCUGGAUCACUUCCUGUCCUAUUCCAUCGAAUUCUCGUCGUUCGCAGAUUUUGCAGGGAAUCUGUCGAAACCGAAUACCUACUCUUACACACUUCUCAAAAAUCUCGCAGCAUAUGCCGGCAGUCCACCUCUUGUUCGAGUCGGCGGGAACACCCAAGACCUGACCAUUUUCGAUGCUUCACAGAAAUUGGCAGUAAUACAGUCCUUCUCCCAAAGCAACCCAGAUUAUCCGGCAAACCAGACAAUCGGUCCGGCAUUCUUCGAGUCUUACCGGACCUGGCCAGGCGUGCACUUUUCCCACGGCUUCAAUCUGGCAGAUAACUCGACGGAGCAUCGUCAGGCACUUCUUGAAUCGGUCCCGUUCGCUUGUCAUGCUCUCCAAGAUCGAUUCUACGGCUGGGAAUUAGGCAAUGAACCAGAUUUGAUGAAUAUAACCCUCGCACAAGCUCCGCCUCGGGGCUCUGAUUGGAGCGAGGCGACUUAUGUUGCGGAAUGGCUGGAGUGGACUCGCAAGAUUCGCCAACAAGUGAAAAAAGCUUGCCCGAAAUUGGCUUCCAGUGAGCAAUUUAAGUUUUUGGCUCCUUCGCUUGCAGGCUCUCCGAGUUUGAGCAACUUCAGUGCUGCUCGGGUGUUCGAAGAAGGCUUGAAUGACGACAACGCCGUGGGAAUCAUCUCUCAACACAAGUAUAUUGGCGCCCGAGGCAAUCCAGGGAUCACUCUGCAAGGAACGCUGAUGAAUCACACCAACAACAAACGCGCUGUGAAUGAGCUUCUGGCAGUAUCUACUUCCAUAUCCAACAUUCCCAACAGGAGCACACUCCCCAAGAAUGCUCCCUACAUACUCGGCGAAAGCAACUCCCUCGCUCGACAGGGCAUUGGCGGUGUCUCGAACUCUUUUGGAGCUGCGCUUUGGGGAUUUGACUAUGCUCUGACUUUGGUUUCGAAAGGCAUUGGACGAUGGCACAUGCACCAAGGCACAAACUAUCGUUACCAGGCGUGGCAACCGAUUCAGACCAAGAACACAACAAAAGGGACGAAAGCACCAUACUACGGCAAUGUCGCAACCGCAGCUUUCCUCGGCGACCUGACCAAGGAUCGCCCAAAGAUCGUCGAUUUGGGGCUGCCGCACGACUUCCAGUCCGCUUUCGCCUCGUACAAGAGCGGAAAGCUUGCCAAGAUUGCCAUCAUCAAUCUGCAGUCAUACAACACUUCGGACGACAACCCAUUCAAGUCGAGUUCUCCGCGUCCGGUUGAGACUUAUGCGGUGCAGGUGCCUUCUCGCUGCAACAGAGCCUCCCUGCAACGACUCGCUGCGAAUGGAAGUGACGCCAUCACCGGAGUGACAUUCGAUGGCUUUAGCUAUGCCGCCGAGUUGGACGAGGGCAGGCCAGUGCGUCUCAGCAACGUCACCCGUGGCGAGAAAGUCUUUGCAAAGCGCGGGCAACUCUUGAUUGAAGUGCCGGCAAGCAGCGCUGUCAUUGUAAAUUUGUACUGA